AAAUCAUACUGCUAAGCACUGCCAACAAAGCCUUUGUAUUUCUCAUUUCAAAGACUAUUUUAGUGGGAAGAAAAUGGUGGAAGUAAAGGAGCCGGAGAUAAAACUGUUUGGGAUGAAGAUUAUGAUGCUGGAGAACGGGAAAAGGGUUGUUGUGCUCUCCGGUGGCGAGUCUUCCAACGAGAUUGAUGAUGAAAAUUGUGUUGGAUCCGAUAAUGGGUUCUUUUUAGAUGAUAAUAAAGUGAGCAGAGUCGAACAAGAGCAAGAUGCAGAUGAAGAAAAACAACAGAUUAAAGGGGAGGGAUCGACUCAAGAGUGUCGUAAAUCGAAUCUACAAGAAAAGGACCAGCGUCCAGCUGCAGGGGAAUCCCAAAACUCUAACCCUUUAUCGGAAUUUGAUGAUCCAAGAACUCCCCCCAUUGAUGAAGACGUUGCAUCAAUACAUCCUCUUAAAAGUGAGAGUGAUCAAAGCGAGGGAACAAAUUCACAGCACAAAACUCUUAAGAAACCAGACAAAAUCCUUCCAUGUCCCCGUUGUAAAAGCAUGGAUACGAAGUUCUGUUACUACAACAAUUACAACAUCAGUCAGCCUCGCCAUUUCUGCAGGAGUUGUCAAAGAUAUUGGACGGCUGGUGGUAAUAUGAGGAAUAUGCCAGUGGGUGCUGGUCGACGCAAGAACAAGUAUUCUGCCUCCCAUUGUCAUCAUAUUACAAUCUCUGAAGCCCUUCAAGCAUACAGUCAUAACGCAAAAUUUAGGCCUAAUGGCACUGUUCUGUCCUUCGGUCCCGACUCUCAAAUUCGUGAAUCGAUGGCCUCUGUUCCAAGUCUUGCAGAUGUAGAAGUACCAAAUGGUAUUCGACAUGGAUAUUAUAAAAGUGAUCAAGUGGCUCCAAUUUCUUACAAAAUUGUCGAGAAUGGUGAUGAUCGUCAUAGUGGAUCGUCCAUCACAACAUCAAAUUCAUCAGUAGAGGGAGGCAAGAAUGGAUCCGUAAAGCCAGUUAUUCAAAAUAAUAAUGGCUUUCCUUAUCCAGUUCCAUGUCUUCCCGGGGUUCCUUGGCCUGUACCCUGGGGUUCUGCUGUUCCGGUGCCAACCAUCUGCCCUGCAGGAUUUCCCAUGCCAUUUUACCCUACACCUUAUUGGAACGUUCCGUGGUUACCGUUACAACUGCCCACACCAAAUGAAAAGGUAUCGGACUUCAGUUCCAACUCGCCACUGGGCAAGCAUACAAGGGAUGGGGAAUUGCUCAAACCAAACAAGCCAGAGAGUAAAGAAUGCCUUGAAGAGAAGAAUUCAGAAAGUUCUAUUGUGGUUCCAAAAACUUUACGAAUUGAUAAUCCUGAUGAAGCAGCAAAGAGUUCAAUAUGGGCAACGCUCGGGAUCAAGUACGAUUCCGUAAGAAGGGAAGGCCUUUUUAAGGCCUUGCAACCAAAAAGUGAUGAAAAGAAACCUGUAGCUAUGGCUUCCCCCGUAAUGCACGCUAAUCCUGCAGCAUUAUCUAGGUCCCUCGGCUUCCAGGAGAGAGCCUGAAGUGAUAGUUUAACUACUUAUCGUCUUCUCCAAUGAGUAGUCUUACUUAUUACCAGGCCUUGUAUCUACUUCGGCAAAGGCUAGCAACUGAAAUGAAGGCUUAAUGUUAGUUUCUUCUAAAAGGCCUUGGACAUGGGGGCAAUCUUGGAUAAACCAUUGUGAAAAUUAGUUGUUCUUGUCUUUUAACGUUGACGAGGUGCUUUGUUUUGUCGAUGAGCGUGUUAUAAUGUACAUAUCUCCGUAGAAAAAUACUGACAGAAGAGGAGAUCAAGAGUGUGACAUUAAAUUAGAUGCAACAAGUGUGACUCUAUUUUCUUCUGUUGGCAAUUUUGAGAACUCGUGUAACAUUCUAUAUGUAAUUUGCCGUUCCCUCCUGUUAAACACAAGAACUGUAUAAAUAAAUGUGUGUUGUUAUAAAAUAA